UCCCGAGCUCAUUUAUGUGCAAGGAGUGAGUGAUUGACUUUAUCAGUCCAAGGACAUCAUUCGUCUGGAAAGGGGGGGAAGUUUGAUCCUCUUUCUCACGGAUCCCAGUUACGGGAGUUUUUCCUCCCGUUUACCGAGACCCGGGAUUAUCAUUUCGUUUUUCAAUUCAAGAUUUCUUUAUUCAAGCUUACGUGAAAUUGUGCUCAGUUUACCGUUACCCACUUCACUCCAUCAAGCUGGGGUUUUUCACUUUUUUUUUCUUUUUCGCUUGCUUUUUCUCGAUUGAGCCCAAUGACUAUGCUCCUUGAUAGCGCUCCUCAGUUCCCGUCACUAGGAGUAGGGGGGUUCGGAACGCCUAGACACCAUGAGUUGGGAAACCGAGACCCCGGGCUGGGGCUUAGUCCCUUCGCAGAUUCAUCUCACUCGGCUGCCUUCAAGAUAAGUCCCGUUACUCACGAUAUCGCCUCAAGCCAGACAUCAGCGUUCACCCCACAAGCUACUGGAUACGCAGCAGCGCUCGGACACCACCAUGGAGGACAAGUUGCUUCUUACGCCGGCGGAGCAUUCAAUUCGACCAGGGACUUUCUGUUCAGAAACCGGGGCGCAGGCAUCGGAGAGACCGCACCACCGAGUGCCCAGCAUGGAAUCUUUGCCGCUUCUGGGAGUCUACACGGCCCCCCCGGAAUUUCGGACAACCCGGGACAUCUGUUGUUUCCUGGACUUCACGACCAGAGCGUGAGCCACACUUCACCAGGAGGACAUGUUGUAAACAGCCAAAUGCACCUGGGUUUACGCGGGGACAUUUUUGGCCGUCCAGAUCCGUACCGACCUGUGGCGAGCCCUCGUACGGACCCUUACGGCACCGCUCAGCUCCAUAACUACAACCAUCCCAUCAACAUGAACAUGGGGAUGAACGUACCCACACACCACGGUCCGGGGGCCUUCUUUAGAUACAUGCGGCAGCCUAUUAAGCAGGAAAUGUCUUGUAAGUGGAUAGACGAGAAUCAAAUGAAUAGACCUAAAAAGACUUGUGACAGAACUUUCAGCACAAUGCAUGAAAUGGUGACGCAUGUUUCGAUGGAACACGUUGGCGGCCCAGAACAGAGUAAUCAUAUUUGCUUCUGGGAGGACUGCCCGAGAGAGGGAAAAUCCUUUAAGGCCAAAUACAAACUCGUUAACCACAUCCGAGUGCACACUGGAGAGAAACCGUUCCCUUGUCCGUUCCCCGGUUGUGGGAAAAUCUUUGCAAGAUCAGAAAAUCUUAAAAUUCAUAAAAGAACUCACACAGGUGAGAAGCCAUUUAAAUGCGAGUUCGACGGCUGCGACAGGCGCUUUGCGAACAGCAGCGACAGGAAAAAGCACAUGCACGUGCACACAUCUGACAAGCCAUAUAUCUGCAAAGUGUGUGACAAGUCCUAUACACACCCCAGCUCUCUCAGGAAACAUAUGAAGGUACACGAAUCACAAGGCUCAGAGUCGUCUCCAGCUGCUAGUUCUGGAUACGAGUCGUCCACGCCGCCAGUGCUGGUUUCUGCGAACACUGAAGACCCGACAAAAACACCCACGUCUGCAGUGCAAAAUACAUCUGCACACAGCGAUGGACUACCGCCUAAUUUUAACGAAUGGUACGUUUGAAGCUCCAAGCAGACUCUCAAAAGGUGGACCAAAAGGUUGAAGCAACCUUUAAAAAAAACCUAUAUACGCUAUGGCGUACAAAAUGGCAUUGAAACAACAGGAAAAGAUGAGUUCGCCAACAGGCCUCGUCUAUUCUCAGGAUUCGAAAUUUGACUUUAUUCCGAGUUCGAAGAAAACUAGCAAGGCAUUAAAUAACAAAAUAACACUUUCUAAGAAUAAAUGGGUUUCCUUUAGUUUUCAGAUUUCAGAUGAUUAUUUUAUUUUUCAUUUUAUGUAUUUUCUGAAAAAAAAUAUUUAAAAAAAUAAUGGCAAAGAAAGAAUAUUUCACGGUGUUUUAUAUUAAGGUGACACUCACAUCACCUUUGAUUGAUUGUUAAAACUUCAGACAGUCUUAAGAAACGUGCCAAAGUCUUUGUCUUGAACUUGAACAAAAAAAUAAAUCAUAAAUAAGUAUAUAGCCUACUCGUGAAUGUAUUUCCUUGUUUGAUGGAGUCAAAUCUGUUGUCCAAGUCCGUUUUCAGGUGGAGAAUGUGGUAUUAGCUUACGAUUGUUACCUUUGAAUAUAACGUUGCCUUUGUUAAUAAUGAUGUAAAUACAUAUCCAUGAUGCCAUAUUUAUCAAUUUGUAAUUUAAUUAUCGGCGAAAUAGCCGAAUCUUAAAUGAUAUUUAUGGAAAUGUUUUCUAACAAGACUGUACAGUUUUGAGUCAAUAACCAGUUUUAACGAUGAAAAAGGGAGUCGGUUCUAAAGUUCCCACGAUACGAUUGUAUCUUUUUUAACCAAUAAAUGUGUCUUAUCUGGGUCGUAAA